AUGGCGCCAUAUGAUUGGCCUGUCGAUACGCAAAACUAUCCGGUAAUGCGUAUAGUUACACCAAGGAAUGUUGUUAUGCGUGGAAUUUUUGGGAUGACAUUUCAUUAAUCAGUACCUCACCAAAAUACAAAAUAGUAAACAGUCCCAUCAUGCAUUUCUAAUAACAGCAAAGGGUAACUGCACAUGUAAAAAUUCCAGUAAAAAAUUUAAAUAACGAAAAAUGAGUAAAGUAUCUGUAAAAUCUCCUCCAACCUCAAAAAGUUCAUUAGAAAAGAGUGCAACUAGUUUAAAUGAAAAUGACGAUCCUUCUACGACACCCGAUUUUAUUUACGGGGGUCCAUUUAUUAAAGUUCAAAGGCCGGAGUUUAUGGAUAUAACGACACCUAUAAACGUACAGCUACAGGGAACAUACAAAAGGAGUUUUGCAUAUCAUUCCUUAAAAGAACGGUUUCCGGUCAUCCUAACCAAAAUUAUAGACUAUCUUUCGCGAGAGGGCGGUAAAGUUAAAUCUGCGAAUAAUGCCUCGGACGAGGACAUUCGUAAUCUGAUAGAGUAUGUUGUGAAAUUAAAAAAUGAUGUAGCAACAAAUAAGAAGUACGACCUCCUCACUGUGGAUACACCGGAAGCCAAGAAGUGGAACGAGUGGAUACUGAGUGUGGACAGUCCGUAUUACUUCACCAACACAUGGGUCUUUUCUGAAUGUUAUGUUUACAGGCGACUGAGAGAGGGAUGCGAAUUAACCAAAGGCUUAGCAAACUUUGAUCCGUUCGAAGAUCAAAAAAUUAAAUCCUUCACCGGGUCCCUGGAACCGAUGUGUGUUGUAGCGGAGAAGGUUAUAUCUAUGAUGGAUCCUUCAGACAAAGAUAAGCGGAAAGCUGACUUUAUAACUUUACUGAAGUUGUGUCUGUGGUCUAAUAAGUGUGAUCUGUCCUUGUCUAUGGGUGAACAAGUGACGUUAGGUAACAAGGAUAUUGAUGCAAGUCCCUCUCAAACACUCAUCGACCCCAUACAGAUGAUUGUGGAUUACAAGGACAAGGUGCUAGUGGAUGACUCUAAUAAAAUCAGUGAUCAAGUUUUCACUAAGGCUGAAAACAUAGCUAAGGCUAUAGAGGCGAACACGACCUUCAAAGCUAAGUGCAGUUGUCAGCGUCUGGCCGGAGCUCCUCCUCCGCCGAAACAAGAGAAGAAAGAGGAAGAGGAGGGCUCUGAUGAAGCUCCCAAGGAGGAAGCUCCUAUACCGUGCCCGGCUAAAGCGACCCUAGCAACUACUGUUAUGUUUGACAUAGUCUGCGAUAACUCCGGUUACGAACUCUUCACUGACUUGUGUCUAGCUGACUUUAUGAUAUCUCAGAAUAUCGUUAAGAAGGUGAGAUUCCAUGUUAAGAAGAUACCCUGGUUCGUGUCUGACGUCACUCCCAAGGAUUUUAAUUUUGUCAUCAACCAGUGCUGUGCGGCGACUUUCAACAAGGUGGUUAAGCUGCCGGCCGAGGGAGAUCGCGCCGAGGGCGAGUCCGAAGCACCUCCGACCAGGACGGUGGCCGACGAAGCCCUGAAGACACUCGGGUCCCGAUGGGCCAAGUACGUGGACAGUGGCGCGUUCGUAAUUAUGUGCGACGAUUUCUGGACCUCGCCCCACGUGUAUAAAGACAUGAAGAAAUACGAACCGAAUCUGUACCGGAAGUUGCAAUUCGCGGCCGCCAUCUUGUUCAAAGGAGAUCUUAACUACCGGAAACUGUUGGGAGAAAGAAACUGCAAUCCAUGUAUAGGAUUUGAACCCGCCUUGCAAGGCUUCAUCCCGGCUCCUAUCAUAGCUGUGCGGACGGUGAAGGCGGACCUCAUCUGCGGCUUACCGAAGGGCAAGUGGGAACAACUCACCAGGAUCGAUGACCGCUGGAUGGAGACGGGCAACUACGGGGUAAUCCAGUUCUGUGCCAAGGCCGAGGCCCUGAAGGUGUCUGACAAACCUUGCGAACAGUACGGAGACACUUGCAAAGAUGAUGCCUGCCUCGACCUGGACAUAGUGUGAUGGAACAAACACACAUACAGACACGAACUUCGUGCGGGACUCAUUUUUCGUUGUUAUAAUGAAAUAAAUAUCAUUUAUCGCUUUUGAAGCAAAAAUUUUACAAAUCGUUUAAUAAAAAUAUCAUAGUA